CCUCCCCUCCCGGGCUCGGGCUCCCGCACGUGGUCGGCACCAGCAGCCUCUCGGCGAAAGGCCGACGACAGCGAACGAGGAGCGGGCGGCCGGGAGCUAGCGCGGCGCAGCUUCGCGUACUGCUCGCCCUCCCCGGCGCCCUCGCCCCUUGCCCAGCGCAGCGCAGACUCGGCUUCACCUCCCUUCGUCCCCUUCGCGGGAGGCGAGGCUGAACAUACCGCCUUUCAGGUGCUCGUGAUGUUUCUCUGGGUUCGCUCCAUUGCCGGAAAAGAAUGGUAACAUGAAGAGCGGAGCGUGAGAGCGUCACGCGGGAAGGGGAAGGGAUUGACGGGCAGAGCGCUUACUUCGCGGAAGAUCACGUUGCGAGGGCUGCGCGAGGCGAAACGGCGCGGAGCCUCCACUUCCUGGCUGGACUCCGCGGACGUCUGUAGCCUCCCUUCCUGCAGGUUCCCCGCUCGCGAGCCGCUGCCUGCGGAGGAGAGUUGAGACAGCGCGUGAGCCGCCAGGAGUUUGUGGACCUCCAUCCAAACAGGAGUUGUGCUCCGGUGCCCGUGUCCCUGGAUCCGUGUGGAGCCCGCCAGCACGCUGGCUUCAGAGGGAGUUGAACUUGAGUUCAGGUGGGUUAUCCCGGGGGAGCACAGGAGGAGACAGACGUUCAGGGAAGACGAGGAAGGUGAUGUUGCAAUGUCAAAAGCGGACGCUUUUCUUCCUGACUCUUGCUGGGGCUGAGCCGCUUCCCCCCACGUCGUUCCCCCGACCGACCCGCUCCUCCCUGACCCAACCCUCCCCCACUAAGGGGGGGAAACACCACCCCUGCUGUGUUCUUACGUAUCUAGAAUGCUGUAGACUUUCAUAACUUAUGAUUAUGUGUCAAAUCCAUUGCUUUGUAUUGCUUUAUAUGAAGAGAGGCUUAAUGAUUUCCUCAGUCAAGUCAUUUACUUCUAAGCCAAUAGAUAAUGCCUUCGUCAUAGUUUGCUGGGGGGAAAGUAACUGUGCGUUUGUUCUGCAGAUGCCCAACUCCCUCUGAAUCCUGCAGAUUGGUGCUGAGUACGCAACAAAAGUUUUUAGCCUCUCCUCAGUUUCUGGUGCUUCGCAGGGGAGAGGAAAGGACUUUGGCAUUAAACACAAGAAGCAGUCAGGGAGCCAUCUCCUCUAACUUUUCUUCUCUGUUAUCAUUUGCAAUGAAGAGGAAACAGAAGAGAUUUCUGCAGAUGACUUUGUUAUUCAUGGUGGCUUUAAUUUUCCUGCCCAAUAUUGGUCUCUGGUCUCUGUACAAGGAUAAGCACUUGGUGAAAUCUACAGAACCCGGGGAGCAGCAGACAUUUCCACUGGGCCUGGGAGAUGGGCAAUUCUAUGCAUGGACAGAUGGUUUGAGAAGAAAGGACUGGCAUGACUAUGAAAGCAUUCAGAAAGAGGCUAUGCGCUCAGGGAAAGGUGAGCAUGGGAAACCUUACCCCCUCACUGAAGAGGACCAUGAUGACUCAGCUUACAGGGAAAACGGUUUCAACAUUUUUGUCAGCAACAAUAUUGCUCUAGAGCGGUCCUUGCCAGAUAUUCGCCAUGCUAAUUGUAAGCACAAGAUGUACCUUGAAAGGCUUCCAAACACCAGCAUCAUUAUCCCAUUUCAUAAUGAAGGUUGGACUUCACUCCUGCGUACCAUCCACAGUAUAAUUAACCGAACCCCAGAGAGUCUGAUAGCAGAAAUCAUUCUGGUAGAUGACUUCAGUGAUAGAGAACACUUGAAGGAUAAGUUAGAAGAAUAUAUGGCCCGAUUUUCCAAAGUAAGGAUUGUUCGCACCAAGAAAAGGGAAGGGCUCAUCCGGACCCGCCUCUUGGGGGCAUCUAUGGCCAGAGGAGAAGUCCUGACGUUCCUGGACUCCCACUGCGAGGUCAAUGUGAACUGGCUGCCCCCGCUCCUUAACCAAAUUGCACUAAACCACAAAACCAUCGUGUGCCCCAUGAUCGAUGUCAUUGACCACAAUCACUUUGGGUAUGAGGCACAAGCUGGGGAUGCCAUGCGAGGCGCCUUCGACUGGGAAAUGUACUACAAAAGGAUCCCCAUCCCUCCAGAGCUCCAGAGGGCAGAUCCCAGCGACCCUUUCGAGUCCCCUGUUAUGGCUGGAGGUCUCUUUGCUGUGGAUCGAAAAUGGUUUUGGGAGUUGGGUGGCUAUGACCCAGGUUUAGAAAUCUGGGGAGGAGAACAAUACGAAAUCUCUUUUAAGGUUUGGAUGUGUGGAGGAGAAAUGUUUGAUGUCCCAUGUUCUAGAGUUGGUCAUAUCUACAGGAAGUACGUUCCUUAUAAAGUUCCAUCUGGGACCAGCCUGGCAAGAAACCUGAAGCGGGUGGCUGAGACCUGGAUGGAUGAAUUCGCCGAGUACAUUUACCAGCGGCGCCCAGAAUACAGGCACCUCUCCACCGGGGACAUCUCCGCCCAGAAGGAGCUGCGCAAACAACUCAAGUGCAAGGACUUCAAAUGGUUCAUGGCGGCAGUGGCCUGGGAUGUGCCUAAGUACUACCCUCCGGUGGAGCCCCCACCGGCUGCCUGGGGGGAGAUUCGAAACGUGGCAGCAAAUCUCUGCGUGGACAGCAAGCAUGGAGUCACAGGCACUGAACUGAGGCUGGACAUCUGUAUCAAGGAUGGUUCUGAAAGGACGUGGUCUCAUGAACAGCUCUUUACUUUUGGGUGGAGAGAAGAUAUUCGACCCGGUGAGCCACUGCACAGCCGAAAAUUCUGCUUCGACGCCAUCUCGCACAACAGUGCGGUCACUCUCUAUGACUGUCACGGCAUGAAGGGGAACCAGCUCUGGGGAUACAGAAAGGACAGAACAUUAUUCCAUCCUGUGAGCAACAGCUGCAUGGAUUGCAACCCCGCAGAGAAGAAGAUUUUCAUGGCCAGAUGUGACCCUCUAUCUGAGACUCAGCAGUGGAUUUUUGAACAUAUUAAUAUGACUGUUUUAGAAAAAUUUAACCACCAUGCCAGCUCCUAG